AUGGCUAUUGCUUACUAUAUACCGGAUCAAUCGAAACUGAUUGCUGGAAAUUCAUCUAGCAACAAUAGCAACAACCACAAUGCAAGUAGUACACAAAACUCCAAUCAGAAUACAAGCAGUGCUGAUCCUAAUGCAACAAAUCCUGCCAGAAAUGCGAACGAAGAACAAUCUCACCGACCACAGGAACAACCAAACAAUUUUCGUGCUAAUAUAACAAUUCCAUUGGCUUCAUAUGGCUCUACCCACCGUACCGUCGGUUGCUGGGAUUUAAUAACACAAGUCUUUUGCUAUGCAUUGCGUUUCUAUAAUGAAUCCUCCAAUCUAAAUCCGACGGUUAUACAAAUAUCAUUUGAAAUCAGCGGUAAUAAUGCAUCAACUACACCUACAACGCAACAGGAGCAGCCAACAUCAGUACAAAGCCCAAGAAGUUCAACAAGUCCAACACGUCCAACAACUGAUACGACUGAUGGAAGUAGACCUAAGCAGGAGAGAAACUAAAUCCAAACUUAACAAAAUUCAGUAAAUUUUUUUUUUAUUAACAGACAACGAAAUAUUUUUGGUGGCCCAUAUCCUUUGGCCCAUUCAGUUGUUUGGUUUGUAUAAAUAGCGAAGACAAAGGCUCAAUCAAAGCGCAAUGUGAUUCAAA